UAGCUCUGUCGUCACAACUUGACGUUCUACGAAAAUCAUAUCCGGGAUCUCUCUUUUCCAUUUGAUGGAACUUGUAGAAGUUUAUUUCUAAAUCUGUUAAAGAAAUAAUCAUGGGCGAGGCCGAAGAAACUCAAAAGAAGAAGCGUACCUUUAGAAAGUUUACUUUCAGAGGGGUCGACUUGGAUCAAUUACUGGAUAUGCCCAAUGAGCAAUUGAUGGAAUUAAUGCAUGCAAGAGCUCGCAGGCGUUUUGCUCGUGGUUUGAAGCGCAAACCAAUGGCACUUGUUAAAAAAUUACGUAAAGCCAAAAAAGAUGCUCCUCCAAAUGAGAAACCUGAAAUUGUAAAGACUCACCUUCGCAACAUGAUUAUUGUUCCAGAGAUGGUUGGUUCCAUUGUUGGUGUUUACAAUGGAAAAACAUUCAAUCAAGUUGAAAUCAAACCUGAAAUGAUUGGACACUACUUGGGAGAAUUUUCUGUGACAUAUAAGCCUGUUAAACACGGUAGACCAGGUAUUGGUGCUACACACAGUUCCAGAUUUAUUCCACUUAAAUAAAAAUGUAUGCUUUCCAUUAAUAUAUUUAUUUGGAAAAGUAA